AUGAUUUUAAAAUUUAUUGUGCUUACAUUUGUUACAAGCCAUGCAAUUCCAACAGACAUCAUUUCCACAACAGAAGGAGUGGAUGAUAAAACAUAUAAUGAAACUGAAAUUCAAUAUGUCAACAAACUAUUAGAGAAAGUUUUUGUAUGUACACCAGUGGGAGAAGCUAUUGCUCAACACUUAGCUAAUGAUGAUUUAGAAAAUAUGGCGUUAGCUUUGCUUAUAAAUCUCCCUGUGAUGUGUGAAGCUGCGAACUUUGUGCUAAACCGUCGAUCUAAAAUGCUGCAUUACCGAGAUAGCAAAAUAACUCCGUCAUAUUUAGUAGAAGCAUUUAAACGAAUAUCUGAAAUAAAUUGCACUGAUGAUGCAUAUAGAUGUAGUGCUAUCGAUUAUCUUUGGUCACCAAAUCAUGCUAUUUUAUUUAACAGCGAAAAACCGAUUAAUAUAACUGGCAUUGCGGCAUUUUGUUAUAUACUUGUGAUUACACCACAAAAAGAUCAUCUAAAAAUAUUUAGGAAAGUUGUAAUGGGUAAUAAUGGUUCAUUUGUUCCCGAUGAAAUUAAAGGAAGUCCAAUGAAUGGAGUGAUUAUUCCAUGGAUGCCAUCAUCUUUGGAUAUCAAUUUAAAAUAUGUAAGCGUAAUGAAAAUUCGUAGUGACGAUUCAUACAAUUCUUAUCAAUCAUUGAAAAGUGACGAAGAUGAAGUGAAGUUGAUCAUUUUAAUUUGUAGUGAUGAUGAACGUACUAGAGAAAAUGCUAUAAGUCGAGCAUUAAAUGCAACCGAAAUGAUCAGAGAAGAUUUGGGUAAUGCACCAAUUUGUGUUGUUGCUCAAUCGGAUACUCGAGAAAAUGUUAGAGAGAGUCUUGGAUGGUAUCGAGAUAGUUCAGUGAUAGUAUUUUACGGUUUGGAUAUAAGUGCAUCGACUCUUCUCGUAGAUACUAAAGAUGACAAAAUAUUGAAAGCAAAGUUUGAAGACUGGAAGGAGGAAUUUUUCUUCCUUGAUAACUAUCAAACAAUUGCAUUUCAUUUUACGAUGGUCAAUGGCAAUGAGCCUGAAAAUAGUGAAGAAAUAUUCAGUGAAAUAUUUCCACACAUUCCGCUAAGUACGUUACGUUUACUUAAUGAUUCAUCAUCGAUAGUUGGAUUAAAUUAUCAAAUUGGAAAAGAAUUUCGUUUUCUUGCUGGCCCCACAUAUGCAAUAGUUGGAUUUCGAAAAUUCGGUUAA